GGCAAUACGGAGCAACCUUCGAAAGGAACCGCACGUACACCCGGAUAUUUUUACAGUUCUAUAGAUUUAUUUAUACAUAUACCAAUAUGAAGAGUUUAAUAAUAGUUCUCAGCUUAGCCUGUGGAUUAGUUUCAGCACAAGAGUUUGACUGUCCUGACAAGACUGGCUUCUUCCCGGAUCCAUACCAAUGUGACCUUUAUUACAAAUGCUCUAAAGGUGAGGCUGAAACGAAACUGUGUCCCGACGGUCUUGUGUUCGUCGAUGGGAACCCCAACAAAGAACGGUGUGACAUACCCUCAAACGUUGACUGCGGCGACAGGAAGGAAUUGCAGGAGCCUAAGCCAACUAAAGAUUGUCCCAGACAAAAUGGAUACUUCAAACAUCCAGACCCACAGGCGUGUGAUAAGUUCUACUACUGCUCCGACGGCGUACCCAAUGAGCUUCCUUGCCCACCUGGCUUGUACUUCGACGAGGAAACUUCAAACUGCGACUGGAAAGAUGUAGUCAACCGCCGCUGUGACCAGAUCACCAAAGACAUUUUGGACGAUGGUUUCACGUGCCCCGAUGGCGAGGUGAUGGGACCCAAUGGACGCGCCCUUCCUCACCCCACAUUCCCACACCCCGAAGACUGCCAGAAGUUCUACAUCUGCCGAAACGGUGUACAGCCCCAGAAGGGUAGCUGCCCCUCUGGCAAAGUCUACAACGAGGAAACCUUUAUGUGCGACGAGCCUGAGAAAGUGUCUGGAUGUGAAAACUACUAUGACGGACAACCGCUCGAGAAGAAUAAAUUUCCGAAGAAAGCGUGAAAUGCUUCAUUAAUUUAAUUAUUAUAAUGAUAGAUUAUUGUAUUUUCUAAUUUAAUAAAUAAAUUGACGAUAGAC